CCCCCCCCCCCCCAACCACCGCCGCCAAGGUAGGUGGUUGUGUUAGGAUUCCCCUUGUUUUUCGCCGCAGUGUGCCUUAAACGUUGCGAUCGGAUGUCGAGCAACGACCACCGAGCGUCAACGAUCACAGCCGGCGACGAGUAAGCUGUCGGCUUAUCACGAGGUGCUUGUUUGUCAAGACACCGCAGAGUGCCUUCCUGGUUUGCUGUGGACAACUGAUGCCUGGCGGCUGCUGAAAUUCUCGAUGAGACAUGAAUGGAGAGCCUGGGAAGCUGUCUCCUGUGCGCCCUGAUCAAAGAUGAUGGUGCAGGAGACACUGAGAAAGAUUCAAGCACUGAUGACCAGCUUCACCCUGGACAAGCAGCAUCACCUUUAGGCAGACCUAGCAGCCUUCCUUCGAAACUUGGCAACAGCGGAACCGAACUUUCAACGAACGAAAACCAAGAUAUUCACCAAGAUGGAGAUCUGCAGAGAGACACUAUAGCAGCCAAAAGAAAACAUUCUUCGGUGGAAGGCCCUCACAUAUGCCCCGUGUGUGAUGAUGUACUGGGCUCAUCGCAUGCCUUAACCCUCCACAUCCGCCAGCACAACCCGACUGACCACUCGCACACCUGUCGGCUCUGUGGCAAGACGCUGAGCUCAGCCAGCUCUCUGGAUCGACACAUGCUGGUGCACUCUGGCGAGCGGCCUUUCAAGUGCACCGUUUGUCACAUGGCAUUCACCACCAAUGGCAAUAUGCACCGGCAUAUGCGCACACACGCAGGACCCGAGGAAUCUGAGGGGCCCUCCCGGCGGGGUCAGAAGCGUCCACCUGAGGUAGACACCCCCCCACUGUCUCCCGUCCCUGAACAGGUCUCCUGUCCUGUUUGUGGAAAGGCGUUCCUGUGCCGGGCUGGCCUGGCCAGCCACAUGGCCACCCACCCGCAUGACCCCAUCCAGUGCACCCAGUGCUGCCAGGUGACAGCCAGCUAUGCAGCCUACCUGGACCACCGCUGUGGACCUCAGGAAGUGGCACCCCAGGGCCCUGGCUUCCAUGACCUCACAUUUGUGGACUUUUCCACUGGCAAGUUCUCACUUAUUGCUAAGUCAUUGUGUGAGAGCCAGGCCCGACGACCGAGCAGUGCCUUCCACACAUUUGAGUGCAACCUCUGCAAGCGUGCAUUUCCGUGCAGCAGUGCCUUGCGCCUGCAUGCCCAGGCCCAUGGGCGGGGUACCUUUUGCCCUAGCUGCAGCUGCGACUUCCCUAGCCCUCGUUUUUUAGAGGCACAUCAGCUCAAGCAUCGCCGAGCUGAACAGUGUGGUGCUCCGGCUUGUAGCAAGGAGGACUUUUUGGCCUUGCUUGAGCUUCAGACACGAUCAUCAAGUGCUGCUCUGGAGGAGACUGUUCCUCACACCAAAGAGGAGCAUUUUGAAAGUUAUGCUUAUUUCAAUGGUAGCACACCUAGGCCGGAGAAAGAGGCAGGCCAUGACUUUGCUGACAUUCAAUCUAUAAUAUCGGUGACAUCAAAAGCUCCAUUGGCAGCAACUUCACCAGGCCAGAGCGGAGCCUCUCCACGACCUGGCUCACCGCUGGAGGCUGACUCUGCUAGCCCUGAUAGUGGCAAACCUGAAGAGGGAAUACGAGAUGAAUCUAAUGCUGAAGAGGAAGGCCAGCCACAGUUUGCUUGCAAGUUGUGCCACAUGUCUUUUCCAAGUCUUGGCCUGUUGCGCAAGCACAGCCAGCUUCAUUCUCAUGGGUCAACACCUUAUGCUUGCAAUGUUUGCUCAUACACAAGUAUGGACAAGAGCACUCUUAUACGACACCUUCGAACACAUAAUGGAGAACGGCCUUUUCAGUGUGCUAUUUGUAAGUACGCUUUCACUACCAAGGCGAACUGUGAAAGGCAUGUACGAAAGAGGCACAAGAAGUUGACUAAAGGUGAAGUACGGGGAGCCAUGCAAUACAACCCACAUAUGGCUGAACGAAGUACAAAUUCUGAAGCUCUGGCUCCUGAAGUGGGCAGCCUGGAAACAGUGUGCAAGUAUUGCAGUGUAGACUUUAAGUUUAACAGAGUGUUGCGUCACCACUUGCGCUCUCUGCACAAUAGCUGCAGCAGGAAGCCAUUUUGUUGCAACAUAUGCAAACUGGGCUUUUCCACAAAGAACAAUUGCAUUCGACAUGCCCUUAAACAGCACCCAGACAUGCGUGAUCGCCUGGCACAAGUUGUGGCUGCUAAGCCACUAGCUCUCAGUGAUUCUUCAGAGGAUCUCACUACAGGCAGCAUUGAAGACAGUCCCCAGAAGACAACGUCCACUGAUGUAGAAGCUCCACUCAGCCAGCCUCCAGCACCUGAGGAACCACCCCCUGAGGAGCCUCACAGGGACCUGUGUCUGGACCUGUCAUCACCAAACCCUUCCGAAGCCAGGACUUCAUCAGAAGCUGCAGAGCCACUCAAUUUGACCCUCAAGCCAGUUCGCGAUGGGGUCACAGGUGAAAGUGAAACCAACAACAAUGAUGACCAAGUUAUUGCUGCCAAAAGCUUGGUUUCCCUGUCUGAGCUUCCCCCUCCACAAGAGGAGCCAUUGGACCUGGCAGUUCAUGCCAUAGAUCUGAGCUGGAGAAACUCCAACAGUCCUGAACCACUUCAAGUAACUCAUUCCGCUAGUCCCUGUGCCACAAUUCCACCACCGCCGCUGCCACCGCCACCACCGCCACCAUUACCACUGACUUCAAGUCAGCUCCUUCAGCCCAGCUCAAAAAACCAGUUGCCUCCCAAGACUCCUCCUCUUGGGCGUCCACCUGUCAAUGGAUUGCCUUCAGCUCGAAACCCAACUAUACUGGAGUCCUCUAGUGCCAGCGAUGACGUCUACAAAAUGACAUUUAAAAUGGUCAAUGAAAAGCUUUCACCAAAGAACCAGAGAUCUUUUAGUUGUGUGUACUGUUCUGCAGGAUUUACUCUUAAGUCUAACAUGGAGCGGCACAUCAAAAGAAAGCACCCAGAAUAUGCAAGGCCCACACGAAGUCGUAACUUCAUUCCAACUAUGAGUAGUCCUGGUUCAUCAAAACCUUUUUCAUCAACUCUGUCUGAUGAAACGCGGACUGCUCUCAGGGUUGUUUUAAGCAGCAAAGCCAACAAAGCAGUUGAUGCUGCCGAGGCUGUGCCCCCUGCUACGAGCCAAGAACAGCAAACAAAAGUAGAGUCGAAAGAUGACCACAAGGCCGUCGAAGACUUGUCCAGCCGAAGUGUUGAGAAUGGCAGUGAUGAAGGCUCAGCAGAUUUGGCUAGUGUUUCGUCUGUGAUCCACACUGCCAACUCACAGGUAUUUCAGCAGUACCUGCUGGAUGAGAAAGGUUUACCUGAGGAAACACAGGAAACAGGCACUGGUGAAUGCAGUGAGAGUGAUGGUGGGGAGCAUCGUGAGCGAAAACGAAGCUCAUAUACUGACUCACCAAACAGUGUUGCCUGUCCCUACUGUUCUCGGAAAUUCCCGUGGACGAGCUCAUUGAGACGACAUAUUCUGACGCACACUGGCCAGAAGCCUUUCAAGUGUGAGAGUUGCCCUAUCUGGUUCACCACAAAGUCCAACUGUGAACGACACUAUGUGCGCAAACACGGGCGCCAUGGCGAUCUUUUGACACGUUGUGUGCCUGAACGCCCAUUCAAGUGCAAUAUCUGCCCAAGCAGCACAUUUUCAACACGAGGAAAUCUGCGCAAACACUACUACAUCAAGCAUUGGUCUCGCAAUGGGACUGACAAGAAUGCUCGCAUGCCGACUGAUGGGGAUAGUGAGCCACAAAAUGACGACUCACUGGAUGCCAUGGACGAUGCCGGAGAAGGUAGCUCGGACAAUUGCAGCGAAGGCAACCACGAACGCCCUGACCGACUGCACUGCCCAUGCUGUGAUGCUGCCUUCAGUACAGCUGCCGAAGUUGAGCAUCAUGUGGGUCAGCUCAUUGAGGUGCCAUACCGCUGCCACAUAUGUGAUCGGGCCUUUGUGCAGCGAUCUGACUGCCUGUCCCAUUUGCAGUCAGAGCACACAGGCCUGCAGCUGCCUGCAAACAUGGAGCAUGAGGUUGUAGCAGCUCACAUGAAGAAUGACAGGCUGGACUCCAAUGACGACUACACGCUGCGCCGCAUUGCUUGUGUCGUCUGCCUGCGUAGGUGUGUGUCCAGUGAUGGCCUGAAGAGGCAUGUGCUUAGCUGCCAUGUGGUAGAUGAAUUUGCUUGUGACAUAUGCCACCAGAAGCUCCCCUCAAAGAGCAGUGUAGCCCGACAUAAGCGCAAGCACCACGAUUUGCCUUUGUCUGAGCUGGGAGAUAGCUCAGAGGAAGAGGGACAGGACUUGGGCAAGCCCAAGCCCAAUCACAAACAUUCCUCAAAGAAACUACUCCUCCUUGGGAAGCAGAAAAGGAAGGCUGGUGAUACAGCAGAGGCCUGCAAUGUGGCAACCAAAAGCCCUCAUGAAUGUGGCAAUGGUGAUCUCAUCCAGAACCUCUUGGGAAUCCAGGACUCUAAGAUCAUUGAUGAGAUGCUGAUGAAUCCUGCUGAUUCAGCAGCAAGGCUGCUGGGGGUAAAACAAGUCUGAUUCCUUACAUGUGAUUCCUGCCUAUAACUAAAGUUAGGGAGGAAUAAGUUCUGCUUGCUCUGCAAAGCAAUAUGUUACCCAAAGCGUUUGGCUGUUUCAUAGGCUUGACCUUUUGGAGAAGUUGUAAAUCUGUAUAGACAUGUGGUGCAAUUGUUUAUGCAAGUCAUUUUUACUGCUCAAUACACAGAUUGUUUUGUAUUUCUUUCCCAUUCAUUUGGGGUCAAGUGUUAACAUGCUGUUGCUGAAUGUCGUUACAUAGUAGCAUUGAUUGUGUGUGUAUUUUGCUUAUAAGUUAUUGCACCAAGCUGAGUAUUUCAGCAUGCAGUGAACUGUAUGGUUCUUUUGAUUUUGUGUAUAAUUUUUUACUGUAAAUUUUGAGGCAAUGUUUUACAAGCCUGACUUGCAUUCUGUUAUGCACCUGUUGCACGAUGUGUACAUAAUUGCACUUUCUGUGAUUUUAGAAGUAAUGGAGAACAUGUUAUAAGAGCAAUAUAGCUGGUAUGCGUGGCUCUUUGUUCUGAAGCAAAGAGGAAACACAAUCAAGAAUCAUUCCACACUGAAUAGUAGUGAAAUACUAGUACAAUAACAAAUGAAUGGCUCGUUUAGCUGCACUAUAUAUAUUUUGCCAUGCAUGCCUUCAAUUUGGCACUACUGGUGAUGCCACUGGGUCCAGACUUGGCCAUAUCAUUCAGCACAUGGGACCAUUUGACAUAUUGCCAGCACUAUCAAAGUUACUUUGACUGCAGUGAAGAGAUAGACAUAUCACAAACAUUCCUUAUCAAUGCAGUCAAAGCUCAGGGCCACCUGUUGCCACUCCAGGAUGGUUUUCAAGCCUAGACCUUGCAGUGCUUAUCCCAAAGCGCCUGAUAUUGUAGAAAAUUAGAUAUAGGGCCCACAUUCCAUAUUUUGGGGCAAGCAUUAUGUAUUUUUUAUGUGUGUAAUUUAUACGCACCUUCAUAUACAGACAUGCACACCCAUACAGUGCUGUAGGGUUGUAUAUGACACACUGCUGCCUUCUUUGCUUGCCGCUAUGCAGACUCGCUCGCUAUACUCUUGGUGCCUUUUUGCUGCUGUGUUCUGAGUAGUUGGUGCAUUCAGCAGAGUUCCUUUGCCUGUGCCCACUGUUAUGCGCUGUGCUUCGCACCCAAGUGCACUUGCUUUCUACUGUUGCUGUUCAUAUAUAAAGUAGCACCGUCCAUGUAUGAAUGAAAAAUAUUUGCAACCAACUUGAGUCAUUUUGGAUUGACGCCUGUAUUGAAUCUUGCUGCCGCAUGCCUUUCAAGCACAUCAAAGUGAAAAGACAGCACAAAUAAGCACAAAAUAACUACCUGUGACCUCAGGAGAUAUGUUGUCUGUCUGAAUCGUAUCGCUAUCGAAGCAUUAUACAUGUGUGGAGAGCAUGUUUUAUGACGUUCAAUUUUGCUGCCACCUAUUUCUGUUUUCACGGAGCUUUCCAAAGUUUAGUAUUGUGGCAUGUUUGUAAUCUCUGGAGAAUGAAAGGUCUGCUUUCGGUAAAUAUGUCAACAAUUAUGUAAAGCAUUUCUUCGUGUGAUGAACAAAUCUUUAAGGGUUUAGUAUGAACAAACUAUGUGGCACCAGCAUCACUUCAGCUAUAAUUUGUAUUGGUAACUGACUAUAAUGUGUGAAAUGCUUUCUAGCAAUUGUACUCAAUGGCCUGCCAGUGAGCAUCCAAAUAAAUGCAGGGUGAAUCCAGAGGAAGAUUCUUAGCCUUCCUCUGGAUUCUCUUUGCAUUUAUUUGUAUGUCAAGGAAUCUAUUGAGGUUUGCAGAAAAUAUCUCCCAGUCAUCCUGCAAGAUUGAUUGCCCUCACAGGCAGGCAAACUGGCCAUACAAUACAAUGCAAUGCUAACCAAAUUAUCAUUGCCACUGAUUGCCUCCCCACCAUGCCGAGCACUUCCAACAUCUGUGGCUGCCAGGUGCUGUUAAACCUGCACGUCAUAGCACUUAUCUAAACCAUGAAAAAUUGACCAGUUUGAUUCAAUGCAGGGCCCACUUCACUGAACCAUUUCCCUUGAAAACUGCCAAGGAGCAGUUGUACAGGAUUUAUUAUGCCGCAUAUAACAUGUCUCCGAUUCAAAGGCAUGUAGAGCUCUGGGCACAAUAUCUAUUGCAGGUAUUUGAAAUGUUUAAUAUAAAACACGCAGAUGGAAAGCCAGGGACACGAUAGGGGAAUGGUGUCUGCCCAUACUGCUGAAGCCUUGAGCACCUUCCCACGACUUUCAAGUCAUUGCCUGCUUGGUCAUCACAUUGUUGCAUAUUGCAGGUUUUCCAACUCCUGAGCUCAGCUUCUUGCUCAGGCUUUUUACUCUGGAAAGGUGGGAAUGGGCACCGAGAGUCAUACUGCCACUGCUGUGGUAAAAUGAGAGUGACAAAAUAUGUAAGCAAAUGUAGUGUGUGGCCUUCCCAGCUCCCUUCCUUUCACUCCCCAUCCUCGUCAUCUGGGUGCCCCCUCCCCUCCUCCCUGAAAAAAUUUCUGGCUACGCCACUGACUCCGACUCGUGUUUCUGGUUGGCAUUAAAGUGGGACCACAGUAUCUAUGACCGGUCAUACUGUGUUCAAGUACAACUCGGCAAGAAAGCAUUUCAUGCAUUAAACAUAUUAUCAGUGACAGGUUACACCAUACUUUCUUUUAAUUUGGCAUACAUUUUACUCAAAAAGCUGCACUUUAUUAUUGUUCCUCCUCUUAGGUGCUCAGUACUUAAAUUGCUCAUCACUCCUGCAUUAUUUUGAAUUACAGGAUGGCUUGAGAAUUCUUGAAUUCUAAAUAGGUUCUGUAGCAAAAAACUGAAAAACUUCAAUAGGACUGUACUUAGGUCUGUUCUCUGUUUCUGUUUACAGUGUUUACAAAUUUUGAUGCCACUUGAGUUUACCGAGAAGUUAGAAUAAUGAUGUGCUCCUUCGGCGUACUUUCUUUCCUUUGCUUAUCAGAGAUUGUGUGUGUUCGUAGACAUAUGUGAAUUGUUCUGUGCACCGUUGUGCAUUUUCUUGCCUUGCUUUCGUGCCUAUGAACUUUAUUGUGCAGUUGUAGACUGCAGAACUAGUCGCACUUUGGCAGUUUGCUGCUCAUUAGACAUUGUCAGCAUCUGCUGCUGUUAAUGGCUUCACCGUCGCUUUGUUGACAGCAUAUACAUAUUGCCUAUCUAAACAAAAGCACAUGCUGUAUAAUUUUUAGACGUGUAUAACUGGUGCUAGCCGCGCUGGCAGCGAUUGAUUUUAUCAACAUGUGUAAGUCUGUUUGUUUCGCAAUAAAAGUGUUCUUACAGUU